AUGCUGCUGAUUCCUAUCGGCCUUGCUGGCGUCGUGCUGUUCUCCAGCGCUGCCACCCGUCCUCCGCGCGCCUCGCCCAAGUGUGCCGCAGAGGCCAUGCCUACCGUCGAUCUCUACGCGCCUGGCACCCGUGCUUCCUACGCCGGGAAUCUGGUGCCAUCCACCCCGCUAACAGAGCCCGCGUAUGGCUCUCCGCUUCCCUGGCUUGCACUCACCCACCCUCCGCUUCCCUGGCUUGCACUCUCCGCUUCCCAGGCGGGAUUUCUGGUCGACCUCCACGAAGCCAAGGCCACCUUCAACUUUUGCGGCGGCAUGAUGUUCCAGCUCGCCCUCUCCGACAAGCUGCACAGCCACCUCAGCGCCGUGUCCUCUCGCGGCGCCUCCGACGCGCAGCAGCCGGUGCUGCACGAUGCGGGAAAGCGGCGGAUGCAGCAGCUUGCCGGCUACGACAAAACCGGCGCCGCCGACAACGCGCGCGUCUUUCACGGCCGCGAGGUGCGGCAGGUCCACUCAGCCGCGGGCGGCAUGGGCAUGGUGCUUCAGCUGUCGCUCGCAGGCGAGGAGGAGGACGCGGAGGGCUGGACGAAGAAGGAGCUCUCUGGCUACGACGGCUGGGGGCACGACUCGUCGCGAAAGUGGAACCUGGCUCGCGAGGCGGACGCCUUUCGCGCAAAGUGGGGUGCCCAGGCGGUGACGCUCCAGCACCGCUUCUACCUGCACGUCGACGCGCAGGACAACCUCUGGCUCUCCGCGGAGGACGGCUGCGAGGGCUAUCUGGCGGCGGCUCCCCCGGCCCGGCCCAAGCUCCGCCCAAUGGCCAAGCGACGGCUGAACCCGGACGAGAUUCGAGCGGCCGUGGAGGCGGGACACCCCCCCAGCUCGGUCAACUACGAGACCGACAAAAAAUGGCAUGCCGGGCAGAAUCGCUGGCUCGCCAAAUGGAAGCAACGCCGGCUCCCCGACAGCGGGAGCAGCCGGCGGGACCACUGGGGCGAUCGAAAGCAGCAGCAUGCGCGGCUGCUGCGGGCGGCGGAGAAUGAGUCAUCUGCCUCCUUGAAGCGCCAGCGCAAGGCCGCAGCGACACCUGCCGUGACACAUAGCGGCCGUGUGCACGCUGGCCCGUCACGGCUCAAGAGGCCAAAGCCGCCGCCAGAAGGUGGCAACCAGCAGGCGUACGAGCUCGCCAUGGGCAUGUAUGGUAUUGCUCGCGACACCCGGAGCAAGAUGUCGAGGCGGACCAAGAGCGAAGACGCCGAGCGCAAGAGGGAUGCGCGAGCGAUCACGGCGAUGACGACAAGGCCGCAGGCAGUCAAGGCCGCCAAGGAGCGAAUGGAGAGGGAGCGCGAGCGGUCGCAGCGGCGGCGUGAUGUGGCAAAGCUCAAAGUGCUCAAGGCCGUCGAUGAGGCGCUGCGAGAUUCUGACUAUUGGCGGACCACUGGCUUCUUCAGCAGCGUGCGAGGGGAUAACUACUAUGACCAUUGGCUGUGCCUCGCAAUCAAGGAGUAG